UCAAAUUUUAUUGGCUGUUGAAACUGUCAAUCACAGGCUCCCCGAGCCAAUCAUCGCCUGAGAUUUAACUUUACAAAUUUGGCGGUAGUAGGACGAUGGCGGAAAAUUUGAAAGAGUGCAAAGUAGCCUGUCUUGCUACUUUCGAUCAACUGCAAGUGGCUUGCCGAGAGGAUGGAGUCAAAUGCAGAGAACUCGGGGUCAACAAGAACAACCUGUGUGAUUAUGAAGUGGAAUAUCUUUGUAACUACCGAAAGAAAGUCAUCAGUGAUGGCAAAAGUCAAGAAACACAGGAGCUGUACUUGGUCAAAUGGAAGGGCUAUCCAGAGUCAAUGAACUCAUGGGAGCCACGGAAGAACCUAAAGUGCACCAAUCUGCUUAACCAGUUCUGGGAUGAUUUGAUGCGUGAGCUGAUUCGGUUAAAGAAGCGCACCAUCCCCAAAAACCUGGACACUUUCAUUGUUUCCCAUCUUGUCCAGCGAGCAAAGCUUAGGCAAACACUUAAACUCUGGGAGAAUCACCUGAACAGCCUUGGCCCAAACAAGGGUCGCAUCUUUGUGGAAAAUGUGGUGGACCUGGAGGGUCCUCCUAAGAACUUCACUUACAUUAAUGACUAUAAGGUGGGCGAUGGUAUCUAUCUUAACGAGGUCGCUGUUGGCUGCGAGUGUACGGACUGCCUGAACAGUCCUCUGAAUGGCUGUUGUGCCGGAGCCUCGCAGCACAAGUUUGCCUACAACAACUCAGGACAAGUGCGCAUUCGGCCUGGACUACCCAUCUACGAAUGCAACAGGCGGUGUCACUGCGGGCCCGACUGCCCCAACAGAGUGGUUCAGAGGGGCAUUCAGUUUUCGCUGUGCAUCUUUAGGACAAACGAUGGCAGGGGCUGGGGGGUACGAACCAUGGAGCGCAUCCGCAAGAAUACCUUCGUCAUGGAGUAUGUAGGAGAGAUCAUCACUACAGAAGAAGCAGAAAGACGAGGUCAUGUCUAUGAUAAAGAAGGAGCCACCUACUUGUUUGACCUGGAUUAUGUGGAUGAUGAAUAUACAGUGGAUGCAGCUCACUAUGGCAACAUUUCUCACUUCGUCAAUCACAGUUGUGAUCCAAAUCUUCAGGUAUAUAACGUCUUUAUAGAAAACAUAGAUGAGAGACUGCCACGGAUCGCUUUCUUUGCCACGCGUGGCAUUAAGCCAGGGGAGGAGCUCACCUUCGACUACAAUAUGCAGAUUGAUCCAGUAGAUGCAGAAAGCACAAAGAUGGACUCAAAUUUCAGUCUGACGGGACUUCCAGGUUCACCUAAGAAACGCAUGCGUAUAGAGUGUAAAUGCGGUGUGCCAUCAUGUCGGAAGUAUCUAUUUUAGAUAACCCAGGGACUGGAGGGGUGUGUCAUGCCAAAUUGUCAGUAAAGAUAAUAGUGGCUGUAAAGGAUAACACAAUCUCAUUACAUUUUGACAAAAAUUGUACAAAUAAUUAUUCAUUAUUGCUGAAAAAGUGUGUCCUGCUGUGUCAUAGCGGUACUUUUAUUUAAAGAUUUCAUAUGUAAAAGGUCAGAGAUGUACAUAUUGAGUUCUCUGAUUCUAAUCUUCAGAUAAUUAAAACAAUUUCAUGAGCGGAAAUGAAUCAACACAUUUGUAGACCUGUAGUGUGACACCCCUGGUUUAUACUUUCAAAAUUCAUUUAUUUAGUCAGGGUUUUUUUUUGCAGUUUUCUUCCCUGACAUUUGGCAUGGGGUCCCAUUUCACUACAUUACCUAUGUGAAAAUGUACAGCUUCUGUAAAUGCAUCUUUUUUCCCAUUCAUCAAAGGUCAGAAAUCUAUAAUCAUGGCAGGGGACUGUGUCUUUAAGUGAAGUGUUUUUAUAGUUUAGUUCUUUUUAUGAAAGGGCAUUUUUAUUAAUAUUUUUUAAAAAGCAGUGAUGUCAGAUAAGUGUAUUAGUAUUAAAAUAUAAAUUACAGUUUGACACGAAUGCUGGUUAAACGCACUGUGUGUUGUGUUGAAGCUGUUCUAGUUCAGUGUAAUCUGUAUCCGGAAACGUGUCCUUAUGUGAAGCUUUCAUUUCAUUAACCUGCCAGCAGGGGGCAGAACUGUAUCGCUAAUGCCAGAAAACGAGCUUUUUUUUUUUUUUUUUUUUUUUUACUUUUACAAGGGAAAAUAUUUUUUUUCUCAACAGCCGUGAAAGUUUAAUCUUACCUUGAAUUGUAUAGCAGAGUGCAGAUGGCUGCUUAGUGACAUUCUGACUAUUGUUUAAAUGCAUUUUCUGAAAAGAAAAAAAAAAUCAGUGUUGAUUGAUUGUCGUAGCAAUAACCUGUGAUAUACAGAAGGGUGACAAUAGGAAAACCUUUAACCUGAAGCUUUUUUUUUUUAAAUCAAGUUCAUCCACCAGGAACUUCUUACUAUAUAUUUGGUGUUUAAUAAAAUAAAAUAACAUAAUAAGUGGUGUAAUGAUGCUGUAGCUGUCUAAUGUAUCACAUGAGAUCUGGUGCAUGUGAAGGCCAGGACAUAUGAUACUCAAACUAAAGCCCUCUACAGCAUAACCGUUAUUUCCCCCUUUUGUCACCCAUCUAUCUGUCAGAAUUUUAUCUCCCUAAUGUUGAGACAAAUGUACUGUAUUGACAAAACUAAGGAUGACUACAUGUUUUUAAAAAAAGCUUCCAACAGAUAUUUGCUGGUGCAUGUACUGUAUUUAUGUGAAACAUCAAAAUGAUCCAUGAUGAAAAAAUGUAAUACUAUCUAUUCUAAUUGAGGAUUGUUCUCUUAAUCUUCGUUUUAGAUUAAUGUUGGUUUUUGUUUUUCCACCCAUGUACAAUCUGAGUUUUACUUAUUAGCCGGGGACAGAGGCUGCAUUCAGUAACAAGUGAGUUUCUUGUUCAAAAUGUAGCCUUGAAGUGAAGCCAGCCGUGUUGUAGUGAUUCCUGAUGAAACCUCUAUACAUUCCACUUUCAUUAAACACAUUUGUUUUCUUGA